AUGUCCGACUCUGCGCUGCUCUGGGGCGAUAUUCUCAGCGGUGUGCCGGCCAUCGGUACGCGGCCGUCGGGUCUCGAGGAACGCGAUGGAGAAAUUCGGCUACAACGUAAAUGGGCCGCUUCACUGGUAAAUGACAAGGCCGCCAUACCUGUACCAAGGGCAACCCAAGACCCAGGAAAUUCAAAGCGCUACAAAAAUUCGUCGUUGAAGCGAGAAGCCCGAAGGAACACCAGGGAAAGAGCAGCUGGCUUGAGGAGGUACCCGAUCCAGCUUGAUGAAGAAUGGGACCAAAUCGGAUGUACUUGUGGAAAAUCAGUAGCGUAGCCUGCCUCCGGCUUGGCUGGUAGCAUCACCGCCACCGCUCUUCAGUAAUACCCCGAACAAGGAUUGCUGGGUGCGGAGGGCGCAUGCCGUGGUUGGUGCCUGACGGCUUUGCGUUUCUUCAAGGAACGUUGGGGUUGAUCACGCUUGACCUUGGUACGGUGCUAUGGUCACAAGCUUCCAUAAGCUGGAAUCCCAUGCUGUUGCAAACAAACACCGUUGCCUGACCAACUCAGCGCUAGUGUUCUUCGGCACAAAAGACGCAUCCCAACCGCGCUCCUGGAUACAUGCCAGCCCUGCUGUAUUAGGAUACUCGGCACCGGAGUUCCGAUAGGGAUACCAAUUGGUGAAAAUAUGCCUCCCGCCUCUUAAGGUUGCUUUCCUGCCGUUGUAUCCCUUACCUCAACAGUUGCAUCCUCACCACACGGCGUACAUUGAACUCGGUUCGCACAGGUUUUUCUGAAGUACUACCAGCGAAACACGUUUUCACCUAUGGUCUACCCGUUUUUCAUUAGCCUUCCGCCUCCCUACUCGUACUGCCAGUGGAUGUUAUCCCUGUCGCAGGACGUUGCUGGCGACGAUGGCGGCCAUAAAUGCGGGUUGCGUGGAAGGCAGCGAUGGUGGGUCUCGUGUAUUUUGUCAACCGGCUAUUCAACGAGGCUGAUAAGGUGGUGUACGCUCGAUUGUCCCGCGCCACCAACGCUUGGAUGGACGAGAUCAGGCAUAGACGCCGGGGGUAUCAGCCGGUUGCAACCUAAUAUGUUCCACGAGACGGGGAUGACCGACGUUGUAUAUUCGGGGCUCCAGGCACGUUAUCUUAGCCGUAAUGUAAGCCACAGGGACCACGGUGUAGAGGAAGAGCUAAGAAUAUGUCAUCUACUUGGCACGCCGGAGGAUCCGUCAAAGCCACCCACUCUGAGAGCCGAGCUAGGGUAUGUCCGAAGUUGUAUGAUUCGAACACGAUAAGACUCGGAGUGAACUGCAGUGCUGAUUGCACCUUACCAAACGCGCUAGAGAUCCGCCAACAUGUAGCCAUGCGAACCCGCGCUAUUCGUUUCAGGACGGGAGCGACUGAUGUGCGAUAAAGUAUUCACGUGGCAGCGGGCUGCUUCAUAUUUUAUGUAUUCCCCCCCUAGACAAGGACAUACCGAAACAUGCGCACGGGGUACGGCAGAAAGCCCUAGUGCUGUUGUAGACGGAGCAAACCCGUGAUGGGUUGUGACCUCCUCGCCUCUGCAUUUCCUCCACGAUAAGGGUAGAACACAUUUGUCGAUUCACGUGGACAGUCACUCCAGACGUGUGCACCCCAUUCAGCGCUCGUUUCCUCUUUUAAGUUUCGAUCCGACCGCAGUUCUCUAUUUUUGUUUUGUUGAGGUAUCAAUCCAUAGUCUAUUCUGUAGUCGGACACCAAUACAUUCUCCACUCAAAGUUGAAGGGUUGAUGACACCGGUUUUGGUUCGGCGUGAAUGCACUGGCGUUUCAGACCAAAUUGACAGACUGAGCACUUGUCUACGAUGACAAGCUUGUAUUUACGUCGUUGUCGACUCAAGCACCGCCCGUUACAAGUAUCGACUGCAGCACCCACGACACAUCGGUACCCAUGGUUAUUCUUGCUCGUCGGGUGGCAAUAUCGUACCGCAUGUGGCGUGCUCUUCUACUGUUUGUUAGAACCAAACGCCUUGCAGUCACUAGUCCAUCAUGCGGUUCGGUAGUACGUUACGGAUGCAAGGGGUUUUCUUUCAACCACUUAUUGAGAAUACCCUCUAUCUCAUCGUCGACGCCAAUGAGAAUAUCCUCUCUCAUUUACGGAGUAAGGUUUCCUGGAGUGGUGAAAAGCGUUUACCAUGGGAAGUAAAAUCGCUUUUCUUGUAAUGUGGCGAGGAAGUGCCAAGCGUAGGCGAGAGUCUCGGCUUAGCUAGUUCAAGAAAGGCGGAAGGUGUGAGAGUGAGGACCGUCAGGCGCUUUCGCCUCCAUCUCCCCAUCUCCGAGAGUCACAUGAAUAGUCUCGGUGUUCUGUGACUCUUUCCUGGCAAACGCCUUCGGACGGUAGACUAUUCUUCGUGUAGUCCGACGAUCUUUGCUGGUCGCAUGUGCAUCAUUACCCCGAGGAAGAUACUUACAUGCUGGUUUCCACCUUGUGUGCAAGGAUCUGCCGUUUAGAGCUCUUGAACCGUUUGCAUACCAACCAGCCGGUGCCACAUUCUGCAGCGGUCUGCCGUUCACCUAGCUACUGGUUUGGAUCAUCUGUCACUUCCACUCGGGACAACGGGCUGAAGCUCGUGACUAGCGCAUGAUGUUCGAACAGAGGAAGUGGGUCCGGGGGGAGGGGAUGAGUGACAAACCACUUUGUCUCUCCAGUACGAAACGUGCACAUGCUUCUCCUGUUCUUUUGGUGGAGCUGAUCAUGAGUUGAUGCCCGCCCCAGGAGUUGUUUCGUCGAAGAGUAAACUUCGUAUUCGUAUUUGUCUUUUGUGUGUUAUGCAUCGCUAGCCACCCUUUCAAUCGUUGGGCGCGUAUGCAACGUGCACGCCACAGCUGUUCUUGGCUGGAAUUGAUCGUCUAGGUUGAAUCCUAGUCCUUUGAUAAGUACGGCACGGUGAAUGGUUGUUGUCUGUGUCAUGUUGCGUCGCCGUUCGAUACAUGCGCAGUUGGAUUCGUUUCGUUUUUCGGGGGAACACACAAGCUCCUGUUGAACGAAUUGUAUGCCACGGGUUCGCCACACUAUAUGAAGCGUUGCGCUGGACGGUAAAUGGGGAAGAUAAAGUCGAGCAGUCUGAUGACUGUUAACUGUC